UCUACCCUAUGGGUAGCGGGUAUAAAAAGCUAGACGAUGUUGAGCUAGAUUAUCAGUCAAAGUUGGUUUCCCGAUAGAUAACUGCACAAUAUUCAAAAUGUUCAAAAUCUUGAUGAUCUGCGCUAUUGUCGGCCUGGCCGCAGCCUUCCCAGAGGGAACCCCUGAUGAAGUCAUCCUUCGCAGUGAGGAUGUGCGUCCAGAUGGCUUUGAGUCCAAACUGGAGCUCACUAAUGGUAUCAUUGAGCAGCGUUCAGGUGAUGAACACGGAAACGUCAAGGGUAGCUACAGCUUUGUCGCCCCCGAUGGGGAACAUGUUCUGAUCACCUAUGUGGCUGAUGAGAACGGUUACCAACCAUCUGGUGCUGUUCUGCCAACCCCCCCACCAAUUCCAGUGGAGAUCCAGAAGGCCCUUGAGUGGAUCGCUCUGCACCCUUAUGUUGAGAAGGAGGAGACCGAGACCGAGGAAGAGAAAGAGGAAUAAUCUUUCGGUUAUCUAACCGUUAGAUUCUAACUUAUUGGACGAUGAUGACGAUGAUCGAUUAAUAUUAAAGUUUUCCAUACUUGAAUCCUUAUUUUAUAAGUCUAUUCAAAUACAUACAGCAAAUUGCUAAUAGCAAAAAUA